CCUACACCAACCUCGAACACAUGUUUGGAUGAGGCCCGAUCAGGCAGUUCCAGCCGGCUGUGUUGGCGCUCGACAUUGGAUCUUGCCCAGCCUUGCGCAUGGGCUACUCCUCGGGCAUGUCUCUCCCUGAUCCAGCGCUCCUCUCUUUCCGAGCAGUUGUAGUAUACGAAGCUCCAAUUCUAUGUCACAAGCAUGUUAGUCAUCGACAGAUUCUAACCUGUGGACCAGGUCGGCAUCCACCUUCAAGAUAAUGGAGACAUUUGCCUGACACUUCCAACGGUAUAAGACUCUUGACUUUUCUGUCUCGCUCCUCAAUCUUCGCAUCGGAUAUUGUUGUUUGCGUUCUCGAAAUCCAGUUUCGCCUGCACAAUGGCUCCUCACCCACUAGAUCUCCUCUCCCUUGAAGAGACAAAGACUGCCCGUGAUAUCGUCGCCAGUCUCCAUACUGAUGCGGUCCUCAGCUUCCGAGAGAUUUAUCUCGAGGAACCUCCCAAGGCUCAACUCAUUGAGUUCUUGACCGCUGAGCAUGCCGGAAGAGAUGCACUGCGUCCUCACCGGACGGCCUUGGUGCAAUACGACGUCAUUGCAGCUGACAGGAUACCCCAUUACCAUGAGUCCGUAGUAGACUUGGACGAAAGAAAGAGGAUCUCCCAUGCGAUCGUUGAUGAGAACCAGCAUGCCGGUCUGACACUGGACGAAUUUGACGUUCUCGUCGAAGUCUGCAAGUCUUCGCAAAUGUUCAAAGACGUAUGUGCUGAGUUUACGCUGCCAGAGGGGUUCGAAGCCGUCAUUGAACCUUGGCCUUAUGGCGGCUUGUCGCCAGAAGAAGAAAACCGGCGCUACUUCCAGGGAUUGUGCUUUGCUCAAGACAUGAAGUCUGGAAAUCCCGACUCGAAUUUCUACGCGUACCCGCUCCCAUUUAUUCCCGUCAUGGACUUUUACAAACGAGAAAUUGUCCGCAUCGAUCGACUCGCGACUGGCGGGAAAGGGGACGCUUUGGACGCGAAGACUCAUUCGAAGAAUAUUAUCGACCAUUGCGCCUCGGCUGAAUACGUACCGGAGCUAUUGAAGAACGGAGUGAGAAAGGACCUCAAGCCACUGAAUGUCUUACAACCGGAAGGCCCAUCAUUUUCAGUGGAUGGACAGCUUGUACAGUGGCAGAAUUGGAGGUUCAGAGUGGGCUUCAACCCUCGGGAAGGAGCCACGAUCCAUGACGUCCAUUUUGCGGGAAGAAGUGUCAUGUAUCGUCUCAGCAUUAGCGAAAUGACUGUGCCAUACGCGGACCCACGAGGACCGUUCCCAAGGAAGCAAGCAUUUGAUUUUGGAGACGGAGGGGCCGGGAACUGUGCCAACAACCUGUCCUUGGGCUGCGACUGUCUGGGCGUGAUCAAGUACUUCGACAGCAUCACUACAGGUCCCGACGGUACGGCAAAGGUCUCACCAAACGUGGUCUGUCUACAUGAACAAGACAAUGGCAUUGGCUGGAAGCACACCAAUUGGCGCACAGGACGAGCAGUUGUCACUCGAUCGCGUGAGCUAGUCGUGCAGUUCAUCAUCACCCUCGCCAAUUACGAGUACAUCUUCGCCUACAAGUUUGAUCAGGCUGGCGGCAUCACCGUGGAGACCCGGGCAACCGGCAUUGUAUCUGUGGUCAACAUCGACCCUGGGAAGACAAGUGCUUAUGGAAAUGUUGUCUCGCCUGGCGCGCUAGCCCAAAACCAUCAACAUAUAUUCUGCGUGCGGAUCGAUCCUGCUAUCGACGGCUACAAGAAUACCGUAUUGACUGAAGAAUCUCACCGCGUACCAAUGAAUAAGGAAACCAAUCCUAGGGGCAACUACUACGAAGUCCGUCAGAAAAUACUCGACCGCAGCCAAUGGCUAGACGCGGCACCUCUUCAGAACAGGGUGAUUAAGAUGGUCAACAGGACCAAGACGAACCCAAUAAGUGGCAAGCCGGUUGGUUACAAAUUUACGCCUUCAGCAACACAGCUACUCUUGGCCGAUCCAGACUCGAUCCAGUCAACACGGGCUCUCUUCGCCCAACACCAUGUCUGGGUCACGAAACAGCGUGACGGCGAGCUUUACGCAGCCGGUCGCUACACGCUGCAGAGUCAGAACGAAAUCGGCGGUGUGGCCGAUGCUGUCAAGCGAGACGAACAGCUGGAGGACGAGGACGUGAUAGUCUGGAAUGUCUUUGGUUUGACGCACAAUCCACGUGUCGAGGAUUGGCCUGUUAUGCCCGUCGAAAUCCACCAACUUGCCAUUAGGCCUAGCGACUUCUUCACGGAGAAUCCAGCUAUUGAUGUGCCGUCGAACAGAAACGAAGCGUCUGUCCUCACGAAUGGUGCGAUUAAUGGCGAUACCAACGGCUCCAGCUGCUGCAGGUGAAUGCGUGCCUAUCACUUUUGACAUUCGCAAGCAGAUCACGCAUGGAUGCUGUACGUGAUCGCUAGAAAGCUGUUUUCCGUUGCUAGUUCCGAUGCUGGUGUCCGCUGUUUAUAUGACUGAGUUCCGGGUGCAAAGACUGUCGAGCAAGGACAGAGAUCGUCCGGGUUGCGUCCUUGGAGACAAUAAGAGCUGAUUUCGAAACCUGACUCGACCACUCCGGCGCUGACGGAGUUAGAGUUGAGUUGAUUAUGUCAAAAGCAAUGGGGAUAUAUUAUUUAGCUGCAGAUACUCUACCACAAUCGACCAUAGGAUACGUAAUACAGG